AUGCACCAAGUCGACUCGGGCUUGCCGGGCAUGGGCAACUCUGGCAGCUCGCUCUCAGAGCUGAACCUCUUCUCCAAGGGCGGCGUCUUCACGCGCGAGCAGCUGGACGAGUAUCAGGAUUGCACAUUUUUCACGCGAAAAGAUAUAAUUCGGCUGUACAAACGGUUCUACCAGCUUAACCCGCAAAAGGUGCCAACGAAUAUGCAAGGAAAUCGCCCACAAAUCGUGACGCUCACCUUCGAGGAGGUCGAGCGGAUGCCGGAGCUUCGGGAGAACCCGUUCAGACGUCGGAUCUGCGAGGUGUUCAGCGAGGACGGGCGAGGGAAUUUGACGUUUGACGACUUUUUGGAUAUGUUCUCCGUGUUUUCCGAGAUGGCGCCGCUGCAGUUGAAGCUCAAAUAUGCAUUCAGGAUCUAUGAUUUCGAUGGUGACGAUCACUUGGGGCAUGAUGAUUUGUCGAAAAUGAUUCGAUCACUAACGAGAGACGAGUUGAGCGAUGAGGAAGUGGAGUUUAUUAUAGAAAGGAUAAUCGAAGAAGCCGAUCUGGACGGCGAUGAGCGGAUAUCCUACGCCGAAUUCGAGCAUGUUGUAUCCCGCUCCCCGGACUUCAUUCGAACGUUUCAUAUUAGAAUU